AUGGGAGAUCCAUUACUGACACUUCUAUUCCCCAUGGAAACCAUGGUCCCUGAAUCUUCAUCUCCUCCAGUCCUCCACUACACCGUAACCCUAGACCUCCGAACCUCCAUUAUCUUCUCCUUCUCCAUAAUCCUCUUCUUCCUCUUCCUCUUCCACGUCCUCAGCGGCUUCCUCCAGUGGUUCCUCGACGUCCGGCGAAGCGGAGGAGGCGAUGAAGACGUGGAGGCGGCAAUGGCGGAGGAGCGGAGGAUGAAGCGGGCGGAGAAGUUGCCGUUGCCCCCGACUGUGAAGUUUGGGAGCGAGAAAAUGGUGAGGAGGAGGAGUGGGGAGGAAUGCGCGAUAUGUUUGGAGGAGUUUUUGGCCGGAGAAAAUUGUCAGGCGUUGCCGGAGUGCAAUCAUUUUUUUCAUUCGGAGUGUAUUGAGGUUUGGUUUAGCAAGAAAUUUACGUGCCCUAUCUGCCGUAAUUGUGUUGCAGCUUAG